AUGCCAAAGAAUAUCCACAUCGCAGUCCUUGAUGUCGACAUCCCAGCCCGCCAGCUGUACGAGGCCCGCGGUCUCUGCAGCGCCCAUUUUCGCGAUAUUCUCCAUGAGACAGCAUCUCGCUUGAAUGAAGGACACCCAGCCAAUCCAUUCAAUGUCAAACUUCUUCGCGGCCAUGUCUCCGCGGACCACCCGCCCGUUGCCAAACCCAUCGAUGCCAUUCUGAUCACCGGCGGCUCCCCAGGAGUCUAUGAAAUGUCCCAUUCGCCAUGGAUGCAAAUCCUGAGUAAGUUUAUCAAGAAGGUCUUUGAUGAGUACCCCGAGGUCCGCAUCUUGGGAACCUGCUUCGGCCACCAGCUCAUCGGGGAAGUCGGCAUCCACACUGUGCAGAUGGAGCAAGAAUUUCUCAAGGCAUUUCCCCAUGCCCUGGGCCACUUGCCCAAGGGCCAACUCCGUAUCCAGAUGUUCCACGGCGAUCGGGUGAUGGCCGUUGAGAAAGGAACCCCCCGUCCGCCUGAGCGAAUCUCCUCCUGUCUCGCUCCCUGCGCCGUGGAUCAAUGCCGUGUGCUCUCUGUCCAGGGCCACUAUGAGAUGGACGCCUUCGGCAUGAAGAAGAUGUGUGUUGAAUCUGCGCCUUCCUUCGGUUGGAAGGAGUCCAAGUUGUCACUGUUCUUGGAGCAGGUUGGGCCUGAUCUUAAAGAGAGGCAGGAUGAUGCGAAGGCCUUUGCUACUGCUGUUGUUUGCUUCCUGGCAGAACUUGAGCAAUGA